CGGGCCCCGGGGCGGUGGCGGUGAGGCGGCCCGAGGGCGGAAGUGAGAAAGUUGCCGGCGUCCGGAGGAGAGUUGGCGGAGCUGUGCGCGCGCCGCGGCCAUGGGGGGCUCGGGCAGUCGCCUGUCCAAGGAGCUGCUGGCCGAGUACCAGGACUUGACCUUCUUGACCAAGCAGGAGAUCCUUCUAGCCCACAAGCGGUUUUGUGAGCUGCUUCCCCUGGAGCAUGCAACCACGGAGGAGUUCCUGCAUGCACGAGUGCCCUUCGAGGUGAUCUUCAACCUUCCAGAGCUCAAGGCCAACCCCUUCAAGGAGCGAAUCUGCAGGGUCUUCUCCACGUCUCCCACCAGAGACAGCCUGGGCUUCGAGGACUUCCUGGACCUCCUUAGUGUGUUCAGUGACACAGCAACCCCAGACAUCAAGUCCCACUAUGCUUUCCGCAUUUUCGACUUUGAUGACGAUGGGACCCUGGACAGGGAAGACCUGAGCCGGCUCGUGAACUGCCUCACGGGAGAGGGGGAGGACAUGCGGCUCAGCGAUUCGGAGAUGAAGCAGCUCAUUGACAACAUCCUGGAAGAGUCGGACAUUGACAGGGAUGGGACCGUCAACCUCUCUGAGUUCCAGCAUGUCAUCUCCCGUUCUCCAGACUUUGCCAGCUCCUUUAAGAUUGUUCUGUGACAGCAGCGUGGGACCCGGCACCCUGUCCAAGACUACUCCAUUGCCGAGCUGUGGCCAAGGCUAUCCCUGCGGUGCCCGGGCUGGCCAAGCUGGGCCAGCCAGGAGCUGGCACUGUGCAGUCUGGCUCGGGGCAGGGAGGGAGGACCCUCCCUCUUCCCACCGCUGUGUCAUCACUCUGUUUCUAAUGAUCAGUAAUAAACCUUUGGAAGCUU